AUGAAGACGAUCCUGCUGCUUCUCCUAGUGCUGGCCACGGCCACUGGACCAGCCCGGGCUCUCCAGUGUCACGUAUGCACCAGUUCCACCAACUGCAAGCAGGCUCACACUUGUCCACCCAGCGCCCGUUUCUGCAGGACCAUGCUGACUGUGGAGCCGCUGUCCGGGAACCUGGUGAAGAAGGACUGUGUGGAUUCCUGUGAGGCCAGGUACUUCCAGCAGGGCCAGGUCAGCAGUGGCUCGGCAAUCACCCAGUGCUGCCAGGGUGACCUGUGUAAUACAAGCUUAAACGGAGCCACCACACUCUCCAGAACCACUGUCGGCCUGGCGCUGGCCCUAGGCCUCCUCACCGUCUUCCUGGCCCCCAGACUGUGA